AUGUCCUAUGCCGUCUUAGAAUCCAUCGCCGCAGCGCCACGUCUCGUCCUUUUGGUGUCUCAAAGGCCUCCCUCUCGCCCUGCGAGACGGCGCUUGCCCCGAUGGGCCGGGUGGAGCAGCAGCACCUCCGUUGCCCCGAAGCGCGUGGCCAACAAGAAUCAGAGGCCCUUCCGUAAAGGGGUCAGACAGACCCAAAAGACCCAGUGGCCGUCCACAAGUCGGAAGGGCGCGGCUCAUCAGGGUUCGACCGUUUGCCAGCAACUGCUCGGCCGCUCAGAUGCCUGGUACGGCGCUCUUAUCGCCUUGUGCCAUGUUGCCGGCGCCGCACCCACUUGUCAAGCAGCGAGACAAACGCCUGUCGCCCGAACCGAAGAGUCCAUGGAGAUGAGCUUUCUGAUGUUCUGA